AUGGAACAAAAACCUUCAAAACUUGACGUUAGAACAUUAUAUUUGAAGAAUUUGCCAAGGAGACCGAAAAGUAAGCUAAAUUACACUAAACUCCUUCUGAAAAGCAUUAAUCCCACCAAUAAAUAUGUCUUGAACCCCAGUUUGCCCCUACCUGACCAUCUCAUAUCACCAACGAGCGAAUCAGAUGAGAUAUUGGAUGAGAAGAACGGUAUUUUGUCAAUUUCAUUAUCUUGCAAAGCCAAGUUAUCUAACCAAUGCUUCAUAACUUUCAAUGAUCAUUCCCAUGCCAUGGAGUUUAUGAAUGAAUAUAACUCGAAAUUGAAAGUAAAUGGGAACGUUGUGGAGAUACAAUGGGCAAAGAAGGAAUCGUUAUUAUCACUGUCAUUACAGAAUAAAAUUGCAUUGGAGAAAGCAUUAAAGAAUAGAAAACUACAAAAGGAACUGGCUCAUAACGAAUCACUACGAAAGAACCAGAAAUUGAAAAGAUAUUUGAGAAGAUUAAGGCAUAAGCUACGAGCAAAGGGCCAAGAUGAAGAGGAGAUUUCUAAAAUUAUCGCAAUUGCCAGAGUUGAAAAGUAUAAAACCUAUAGCCACAUCGAGAAAAGUGUUCCUAAGAAGCUCCCCACUGACAAGGUUAUCAAUGAAAAGAAGAAAGUCACUAGCACGGUGGAGAAUCCUCCAAAUAAGAUUCUCUUAGUACAAGACUUACCAGAGGAUGCCACCCAGGAAUCCAUAGGUGAAUUAUUUAAUGGUGAUGGACUUCUUGAAGUUCGUUAUGUUGAAGUAAGACACCUAGCAUUUGUUGAAUAUGAUUCCAUUUCGCAUGCAUCAGACGUAAAGAAUAAGUUGGGAUCUCCAUAUGAUUGGAAAGGAACAACUAUCUCAAUUGGUUUUGCAAAAUGA